GUUCAAGUGUACAUAUAUCUCAUCAUAAGCUAGUCUCCAAAAAUGGAACUCCCGCAUUCAACUAUCCGGUUCUGCUGUCCUCAAGGCCAAAUGAAUGCUAUGGAAUUCCACAGAACCAUCAGGCACUACACUCGUGGUCAAAUUACAUUGAAGAAUGCCCCUUGACAGCUCUGACCCGAUACUGGCCAAGCUACACACACGCCUCGAGCUCUCUUCACCGAGCUGAUCUACACCAUACUCAGGCUUAGGCUGACAUUUGCACGGUUAGCAGGAAACCGUGAUUCAAAGUUUUCACCGAGGGGUGCAUUCCGAUCGACUGAUUUUCGACUCACGAUAUUCGAUAUCCCUUCCCCCUGUCUCUUCUUCAUUGCGACGUCUCAAUACAAAGGUUUCUCGAUUAUUGCGCUUCAGGGCCCGCAAUGGGGGAUGAUCUUCUAGACUUCGUCAUCAACCAUGUGUUCAUGCCUCCCAAGUUGCCCCAAGAGGCGGAUGAGAGUCCGGAGCGCAUAGAUUUUCUUUUGUCAACUAUUCGCAAGAGCAUGAAGCUUUACAAACAGCAGCAUGCUGCGCCUGAGCACCAAGCAUUGUGGGAUUCAUUAUUGAAAAUGGUGGGUACAUUGCGACGAAUCAACAUAGACCCCGAGGUCGGGAUCAGCGAAUGCAUCAAAAGAAGGUGCACUGGAGAUACAAUCGCCAUUUUUGUCCAUGCUCAAAACGCGGGUGUGACCGUCCGUUGUGGUGAAGAGGAAAUAAUAUUCGAAAGUUUCGAAGCAUCAGCGAUGAAUACAGCCGUGAUGCGCUGCACAGGGAAGCUUAUCCGCUCCUUUCCUGGACCUGCAAUUGCCCUUCGAAACAAUGUUAUGCAGGAUCCGGAUUUUCUAGAAGAAUUGGCCGCGUUCCUAACCCAGAUGUAUGGGGGCCAACGUGAGGAUGAGGGCAUGGUGGACGGCGAUCAACUGCUGGACGAGGACAUAGUAGAUAACGAUUAUUUGUAGGAAGAGGACACAAUGAAUGGCGAUCAGCUGGACACUAUGGACGGCGAUCCGCCGCUCGGUGAGGGCGCAAUGGACAGCGAUCAACCAUGGAAUGGGGGAGAACGCGAGAACGGCACAUUCGCAUUCGCACCCCGAUGGCGAUGGGGUUCCACGGACAGGGGCACAACCCAUCCGAAGUACAUCACUGAAUUGCUGACCGGGAUACUCCGUGGACUAGGAGAGCCUGCCGACAUUCCUCGCAUCCAGAAGAGGACAUCGGACGAUGUUUUGCAGCGUGCGGAUGAUAUUGUCCCAUGGAGGCGCAGCUCCCUCUGGCUUGUUGUUCGUGUUGCCUUGCAAACUACGAUUCACCGAGGCACUUCGAACAUGAACGAAUACAAGUCUUUUAUGAUACUCCUUCUGGCCG